AUGCCUGCCAUGCCGUCGACCGCGCUCGUCAGGAAUGGCGUCGCACGCCAGCCUGACAUCACACUUGUCUCUGACGACGAUUUCGUAUACGAACAGGACAUCCAGCGCAAUCCUGGAAGCACGAAACCAUGGCUCUCAUACCUUGAGUUCAAGUUCCAGCACGGUACUGUCCAAGAACAGGCGUUUGUCCUUGAGCGGGCGUGCAUCCAACUUCCACGCUCGUACAAACUGUGGAAAUCCUACCUCAACUUCCGAGUCAAGCAUGUCGCGAAGCUCAACGCCGCUGUCUUCGCCGCCGAAUACCGCAAGGUGAACGCGUUGUUCGAGAGAGCAUUGAUCCUGCUGAACAAGAUGCCGAGGAUAUGGGAAAUGUACCUCAAGUUCUUGAUGCAGCAGCCUCUCGUCACCCUCACGCGACACGCCUUCGAUCGCGCCCUCCGCGCACUACCGAUCACUCAGCACAACAGGAUAUGGGCGCUCUAUCGGCCGUUCGCGAACUCAGCUGGUGGUAUCACAGCAGUCAAGAUUUGGAGGCGGUACAUGCAGGUCCAUCCGGAGGACGCCGAAGACUUUAUCGAGCUUCUCGUACAGGAGGGCUUGUACACGGAGGCAGUCGAAAAGUACAUCCUGAUACUUAACAAUCCGCGUUUCCAGAGCAAACAUGGUAAAGGCAACUACGAGCUGUGGAGUGAGAUGGUUGACUUGAUUGUCGAGCACGCGACCAAGGUCAAGACAGGCCAUGAGACGGGCAUCGACGUCGAACGGAUCAUUCGAAGUGGCAUCGAGCGGUUCUCGGACCAGAGAGGAAAGUUGUGGGUUGGAUUGGCCACGUACUGGAUAAGGAAGGGGAGCUUUGAGCGCGCAAGAGACGUCUUUGAGGAGGGCGUCACGACGGUCAUGACAGUCCGUGAUUUUACCCUUGUCUUUGACUCGUAUGCGGAAUUUGAGGAGUCCAUAAUAGGCGCUCUUAUGGAGGUGGCACAAAACCGAGCAGAGAAAGGGGUUGUUGAUGAGAACGCAGAUUUCGACCUGGAUAUCCGCAUGAUGCGGUUCGAGCACCUGAUGGACCGGCGACCUUUUCUACUCAACGAUGUUUUACUGCGACAGAACCCAAACAACGUCAACGAGUGGGAGAAGCGCGUGGCGCUAUGGGGAGACAAUAAGGAGCAGAUUGUCCAGACCUAUACGGACGCGAUUGCAGCGAUCCAACCAAAGAAAGCUGUCGGCGCCUUCCAUCAAUUAUGGGCAAACUAUGCCAAGUUCUAUGAAAAAGGAGGCGACUUAAGGAACGCCCGCAUUAUCAUGGAAAAGGCUGUCAAGGUACCGUUCAAAUCAGUGGCCGAGCUGGCCGAUAUGUGGAUUGAAUGGGCCGAGAUGGAGCUUCGCAAUGAGAACUUCGAUGAAGCCGUCAAGAUCAUGGCCAAAGCGGUACAGGCGCCGAAACGAUCGACCGUUGACUAUUUUGACGAGACGCUGUCACCGCAGCAGAGAGUGCACAAGAGUUGGAAGCUGUGGAGUUUCUACGUUGAUCUGGUGGAGAGCGUCAGUUCCCUGGAAGAAACGAAAAAGGUUUAUGAGAGGAUAUUUGAGCUUCGGAUCGCAACACCGCAAACGGUCGUCAAUUACGCCAAUCUUCUGGAAGAAAACAAUUACUACGAGGAGUCAUUCAAGAUCUUCGAGCGCGGUCUGGACCUCUUCAGCUAUCCGGUGGCAUUUGAGCUCUGGAACUUGUAUCUCACCAAGGCCGUGGAUCGUCAAAUUGGCAUAGAGCGACUGCGAGAUCUUUUCGAACAGGCCAUCGAGGACUGUCCACCCAAAUUCGCCAAGGUGCUCUACCUGAUGUAUGGAAAUCUGGAAGAGGAAAGGGGCCUGGCACGGCAUGCAAUGCGCAUCUACGAAAGAGCGACAAGAGCUGUCGCCGACGAGGACCGCGCAGACAUGUUCAACUUUUACAUCACCAAGUCUGCGUCCAACUUUGGAUUACCAUCAACGCGACCCAUAUACGAACGGGCCAUUGCGGCCCUGCCGGACAAUGAGGCACGCGACAUGUGUUUGAAGUUUGCAGACAUGGAGAAGCGCCUUGGCGAAAUCGACAGAGCUCGCGCAAUUUAUGGGCACGCGUCUCAGUUCUGCGACCCCCGCACCAACCCCGAGUUUUGGACCAAGUGGGAGCAGUUCGAGGUACAGCACGGCAACGAUGACACGUACAAGGAGAUGCGGAGGAUCAAGCGCAGUGUCCAGGCGCAGUACAACACCGACGUCAACUUCAUCGCCUCUCAAGCCAUCGCCCGCCAGGCUCAAGCACAAGCUCAAGGCGAUGGCGAGGCAGACCAGGAGGUUCUGGACGCGAUGGCGGCGCUGGAAAAGCAGGCUCAGGCGCCUGUUGGAUUUGUGGCUGCCACAGACAACCCACGGGGUGCACCGGAACCGCAAGGUGUUGCUGCGAACCCGGACGCGAUUGAUAUUGAUGACAUGGAUGAAUGA